AUGCCAUUUGUUGAAAAUAAACCUGCUUUAGAUUUCAUUUCCUUCUCUUCUUCCAACUUCAUUCCGAAUGCUAGUGAAACUUAUGAAAGCACUGCUUCUUCAACUUCAUUCGAACUUUCAGAAGAACUUGACUCCUUGCUUGCUUCCGGUGGCCAUUCGUCUAAUACUUCGUUUGCGCAAGAAACGAGUGAAAAUUAUAUUGCAAGCAUAAAUAGAACGACCCAUUUUUAUAGAGAUAGAUUCAUUCCUGUUAGAACUGGUGACAUGAUAACAGAAUUUCAAAGUCAUCCUGCACCGUCUUCGGAAUCAAAUCCAUCUAAACGGAAAAGAGGUGACCUAGAGAGUGGAAAAGAAAAACAGGAAGAUCGUCUGCAUAGGUCUAUAGUCCAAAGAAUCAUGUUCCCUUAUUACAAGUCCAGUGAUAACAUUGAAAAUAUCGAAAUCCGAUCAUUGUCUUCAACUAGAAAGAAUCUUUUUAAAUUUCAAUCCUCUUUGCGACACUCCCGCGUCUUUGAUACACCCUUUAGAAAUGCUUACUCAACUACUAUCUUAUCUCGUGAGGUUGAGGAAUUAAUGACAACACCUCGUAAGCCCGAGAGAGUCAUUAAUCCAACUCCAUAUCAAAUUCUUACAUUUUGCAACGAAUUGAUGCUUAAGGAUGAUUUUUAUCUGAAUGUUGUCGACUGGUCUCCUUCCAAAAUUUUAGGAUUGGGCCUUGAAAGCUGUGUUUAUUUAUGGAAUACCGGGACGUCAAGGAUGACAAAAUUGUGCGAUUUGGGCGACUUACAUUAUGUUACAUCCAUUAAAUGGCUUCCUCAGGAAUUUCAACUUGCUAUCAGUACGGCCGAAGGUAAAGUUCAAAUCUGGGACACUCAAAAGGUUAUGAAGAUUCGUGAUAUGGAAGCACACAAGGGACGAGUUGGAACAAUCGCGUGGAGUGGUAACCUGUUGUCUACUGGUAGUUCAGACCGUUGUAUCUUCCACAGAGAUCAAAGGAGUCCUCGUGAUACUUUUCGCGUUUUGACGGGACACAAAUCCGAGAUAUGUGGCUUAAAGUGGAACAACGAAGGAGAUCAAUUGGCAAGUGGUGGUAACGCCAACGAACUUUUUAUCUGGAAUAGUGAAAGUUGUAGUCCAACUCAAAGUCUUGAUGGGCAUAAAGCUGCUGUUCGUGCUCUUUCAUGGAGUCCACAUACACGUAACUUAUUGGCUAGCGGAGGUGGUCACUUGGAUCGACAAGUUCGCUUCUGGAAUACUUUAAAUGCAAAAUGUUUGUCUAUUCAUAACGUCAAGUCUCAGGUAUGUAAUUUACAAUGGUCACCAAACGCGAAUGAGAUCGUUUCUACUCAUGGAUGGUGGAAUAACGAUGUAAUUGUUUGGCGGUAUCCAUCGAUGGAAAAAAUUGCAACACUAAAGGGACACACUUACCGUGUACUUUAUUUCGCUUUAUCUCCGAAUGGUGAAGAUAUUGUCACGGGUGCAGGCGGUGAUGAUAAUACUUUGAGAUUCUGGAAGAUUUUCAAUACUCCACCCAAGAACAAAAGGAAGAUGGUUAAAUCCGCUUUGAAAUUGGAUGGGUUAAUUCGUUAA